ACGUGGUGAUCUCUGGGAUCCAGUUUCAGGUCUUCUCCUCGCGAUCCCGCCCCUCCUUGGACAGGGAGAUCAGCCAAUCAGUCUCGCAACAUGGAUUAGAGCGAUUCUGCGGCCAAUAGUACGCGACGGUUCCAAUCAGGCACGCCUACUACUAGUGACGCGUUCAUUCUGUUGCAGGAAAUUGAAACGUUGUUUUGUUUUGUGAGGUUGAGAGAGAGAGAGAGGAGAGCAGCAGCUGUUGGUUUUACAGUAUUUUAUUACCUGCUGUUUAAAGUAUUAGGUUGGGUGAAAUGUUUCUUAGUGAUUUAUAUUAUAUUUGUUCGUUUAUUACCUGCAUUGAGUUGUGAAACAAAGAGUUCCCUUUCUGUUUUAUUUCUAUAACUCAGACACAGUGGAUCGUGUCAGCUGAACACAAACGCGCUUGAAGUUCAAGCUGUACAUGAUGCUGAAAGACCAAAGUUACUCCUUGCAAAGUAAGACGAGUCUAUUUGUUUUCUUUCUUCUGGCAGAAGAUGUGCUGAUUUUAUAUGAAUGUUAAUUCUCCAUUUAAAAAAAAAUAGAAAGUCAAAGAGGAUUCUGCUACUCGAGUCUCAAGCUAACAGUCAGUGAAGAUGGAGGUCAGUGUCUCCGUGUCGUUCUUUCAAGACGAGCUCGCCUCUACCAUCGAGCACGCAGUGAAAGCGGCUGUAGACACCGUCUUGUGCCAAAUCACAAAAGUUGUCGGCGGCAAAUUCACUGAAUUCCGAAUGGAAAUGGCUGGAAAGGAGAAAGAGAAUGAAAGUCUGAAGCUGAGAUUGGAAAUAUCAGAGAGCGAGUUGAAAGCAGUGCGGGAAUGCAUGAACGCUGCAGAUGCAGACAUUAAACAACCUCUCAGAAACAUGAACCCCGACUGCAAUGAACAAGACUUUCAGAGGAACGAGAACCAGGGAUUAUUUCAAGAUCCUAAAGAGAGCCAUGCUAUACCUAAAUCUGAAGCACAGGAGGGGCCAAGGAUAGAAGCAGUUUAUACACAAGAGGGGUCCUUUGAUCAGGAGUGGUGUGCAAGUCUAAAGCAGGUUACAGAGCUGACAUGUGUUAAAGAUGAAGAGGUCCCUCAACAAGAAUGUGUUCUCUUUGAAGAGGAGUUCUUAGAACAGGAAUGUGUCCCCAUCACAAAGGAAACUCCUACAGAAAAUAAUGUCUGUACACUUGAGGAGAACAACCAGCUGGGAUCCAGCCUGUGUGAUGAUUGUCCACCUGAAUGUGAACUGGGAUUUGGAGCUAAAGAAAAUCUCAAAGGAGAGAAAUCUCAUCGCUGUACAGAGUGCAGGAAGAUAUUCAGUCGUAUAUUGUUCCUUAAAAGACACCAACGCAUUCACACAGGAGAGAAACCUUAUCACUGCACCGAGUGUGGGAAGAGAUUCACGCAGUUAGGAAAUCUUCAAUCACACCAGCGCAUUCACACAGGAGAGAAACCUUAUCACUGUACUGAGUGUGGGAGGAGCUUCAGACGGAUAGAUAGCUUGAAAGUCCACCAGCGAACUCACCAGAAUGAAAUCUUAUCAAUGAUCUGAAUGUCUGAAGAGUUUAAGUCACUUAUCAAACCUUAAGACACCAUAAAAUGCACAAUAGAGUGAAGCCCUAUAACUGCAAAUUGAGUCAGUUUCUGGGUCUUGAAGGACACAAGAGAAUCCACAGGAUUUCAGCCACCUGAGGACACCUAAACACCAGGAGUAAAAGUGGAUAAAAUAUAGAAAUAUUCAAUGCAAACAAAAGAAUAAACUUGCUUGAUAAAUAGUGUUACUCCUAAUCACUUCAGAUAAAAAACUUACACUCACGGAUGGGACAUGAGAACUACUCCAUCCUGUUUGGACCAUUCAUCAUCUUGAAUCAUUCUGAUUUUGUUACGUCACAUUAGUAAUCUAUGAAAUAGAUUGUAAUUGCAUCUGCAAGAGUCCACUUUUCUCUCAGUUUGAACAUUAGGAUUAUUAUAUAUAACUCCCCACUCACUAGUGACCAAGUAUCCAGCUCUUUCAAGACAAUGUUAAGGUUUGGUCAAUUUGCAAACUGCACACCUCAAACAUACUUUUGUUGUUGAUAGGCUCUGACUGUAAUAUAAUGCCUCUCAAUAUACAGUUUCACAAUGGAAAUGGAAAAACUGAUUUUUAUCAGUAACCUGAGAAUGAAUGCCAAAGAUGCAUACCUUGAAAAUGUCCCCUCUUUGAAUUGUAGGUGUUUUAUUUCAGAUUACAUCUAGGGGACACACAGGGACACUGUCUUAAAUUGUAGUGUACAACUCGCUGGACAAAUCAUCCCCAUAUUCUGCUUUAGGACAAUUCCAUGAUAAAGUGACUAUGGCCAUGAAAAAAAAAACUUGCAUAUAUCAAAUAUAUUUUCCUCUAUUUUUACUAAAGGGUGUGUAUUUAUCCAUGCUGUAUUAUUUCAAUGUGUGUCUUUACUUUAGAGCCAUUUGAAGUUCCUGUUAAAAAGCUAUAUUUUCAAAAGUCCAACUUCCAUACAUUGUCGGUGUCAAUGCUUGGAUAAAUGUUUUAGUUGCACGUUUGUAAAUAUGUCACAUUUUGAGUAUGUAAUACCAAGUUAUAAUAUUACAUUUUCUUGGGAUAAAGGAAACGAUUUUACAGUGAUACAAAAUGGUAUUUCUAUAACCAAAUAUCACAUCCGUAACAUUUUCUUUGGUAAAGUUUUUAAAAACACUACAUUAUAUUUUUUCAAACUUUCUCUGCAAAGCUAACUUUUUAAAAUGCAUGUUAUGGAAUACAAAUGUUGACCCUUUCUUAAUAGUAAGUGCCCAGAUUAGCUUUAUGGAUGUGACAGUGGUAAGCUUGAUGAGUAGUCAUGUAUUUAAUCAUGCACAAGCAACAUAUGAAUUGUAAUCAUUAAAGGGCAUCAUAGCACAUAGCCAUGAGGCCAAGUAACAGAUCACAAUACCACAACAUCAUGCCAGUCAUUUUAAUAGGGUUUAAAGUGUUUUCUUUCAGCUGUUGACCUUUCUCUGUUCAUGUUAUGGCUCCUCCUUAAGUAAAAUGUCUAGCACCGUGCCGUGCCGCUAGUUCAAGUGACAAAGUUAGUGAGAAUGUGCUAAAAACACGUGUACAAUACACCUUUAAACUGAAGUGACAUCAGGGUGUUAGUUCUGCCACUUCAUUCAGUACACUUAGAUCUGACUUUUCAUUUUGCGUCGCGUUAUUAUAACAAUUCAGGAUGCACUUUGGGAUGUUUUUUUUUUGUUGUACCAGUACAAGUUUUUAUUGAAUAAUUCCAUUUUGAAUCACGUUUAAAAAAUCAUCAUUGUAUUAGUAUUUUGUGAUAUAUAUAUAUUUAUAAGAACAUAAGAAAGUUUACAAACGAGAGGAGGCCAUUCGGCCCAUCUUGCUUGUUUGGUUGUUAGUAGCUUAUUGAUCCCAGAAUCUCAUCAAGCAGCUUCUUGAAGGAUCCCAGGGUGUCAGCUUCAACAACAUUGCUGGGGAGUUGGUUCCAGACCCUCACAAUUCUCUGUGUAAAAAAGUGACUCAUAUUUUCUGUACUGAAUGCCUCUUUAUCUAAUCUCCAUUUGUGACCCCUGGUCCUCGUUUUUCAGGUCGAAAUCCCACCUCAGCCACUGACUCAUUGUGUGACCCUGAGCAAAUCACUUUACCUCCUUGUGCUCCGUCUUUAGGGUGAGACGUUGUUGUAUGUGACUCUGCAGCUGAUGCAUAGUUCACACACCCUAGUCUCUGUAAGUCGCCUUGGAUAAAGGCGUCUGCUAAAUAAACAAAUAAUAAUAAUAAUAUCACCUAGCUUAAAAAACUAAAUGCUGAACAGUAACUUGUAAACAUAAAAGAGAUGGUGUGACGGGGUACACCCCACCCAUCCAGAUAAAAUCGUGAGAAUGCGUGGUCAACAGCGAGUGCUUAUUGAUAAACUGGCUGUUGACCAUGCACAUGAUAAAACCCGUGCUGAAUGUGGUUGAGGGGUAAAGUAGGUAAUUGAUACCCAGUCUACCCCUCUGCCUCAAUAUAAAAGACCUGCAGCUUUGGCUGAACGGGGUGGGUUCUCCAGAGGAGGAAAGAAACAAGUAAGAAAGUAAGCAAUUUGGUUUAGUGUUCACUUUGUUUUGUCUGUUAAAUAUUUUAUUUAAUAAAGAAACAAGCUUGUUUACGCCUCACCCCAUAGUAAUUGCCUGUUGUGUAUUCCAUUCAUUUCCUGGCCUGAUGGCACCA